AUGAAUUCCUCUCCCCCCACCCCCGGUGUUCACCCCAGCCUGCUCCAAUUGGGGCAGGAGGAGAACCAGACCCAGAGUGGGUUCUGGAAUGGAAGCCAGGAGCUGGGCUGGGAAGAGCUGGAGGAGAUGCUGUUCCUAUUUGCCAAGGAGCCCAUCACCAUCAGCCUGACAGCCAUGUACGUCGUGUCCUUCGUGGUGGGCUUUGUGGGGAACAUCAUGUCCAUCAGGGUGCUGACACGGAAACGCCGGAGCCAGAUGUCCAGCCUGAGUGCCACCCGCAGCCUCCUCAUCAACCUGGCGGUGUGUGACCUCAUGGUGGUGUGUGUCUGCAUGCCCAUCACCGUGGGCAACCUCAUCUACAAAGCCUGGGUGUAUGGGGACUUCCUCUGCCGGGCUGUGCCCUUCAUCCAGGCUGUUUCCGUCUCUGCCAGCGUUCUCAGCCUGACUGUCAUCAGCGUGAACCGGUACUACAGUGUGCACAACCCACUCAAUGCCCGCUCCUUCUUCACCCAGAAGAGGAUCCUCAGUGCCAUCCUGGUGGUGUGGUUGCUGUCCUCAGGAAUAUGCAUGCCCCUCAUCUUCAUGAACAGACGGGAUGAGAUUGGGGUAGUGGAGGGCUUGCCCCUGGUGUUCUCCAUCUGCAGGGAGAUUUGGCCUCAGGAGAGGCUCAAGCAAGCCUAUAACUUUCUGCUUUUCUGUGCCCUCUACUGCCUGCCGGUCCUGUUCAAUAUGGUCAUCUGCUUCCUGACAGUACGCCGGCUGUGGAGCCGCAGCAGCCAGCUGAAGGAGAGCAGUGCCCUGAACCGCUCACUGCCAGCCUCCAGGCUGAAGAUUCGCAAGAAGGUAGCCCAGAUGGUGGUGGCCCUGGUCCUGCUGUUUGCCAUCUCUUGGCUGCCCGUCUACCUGAUGGACAUCUGGAUCGAUUUCAAUAUCCCCAAGUCUUUGCAGGAUGUGACUCCAUCUCCUUGGAUCCUGCAGCUCAGACCUUUUGCCCAGUGGCUUGGCCUCAACAAUUCCAGCCUCAACCCUAUAUGCUAUUGUUUUGUUGGGAACCUCUAUAGAUCAGCCAAGGAAAUGAAGAGCAAAUACCACCAAAGAAUGAUCUCUCUCUUUAACUUCUCUCUGUCCGAAGGGACAACCCGUUCCUCAGUCCCAGAGCUGUUCUCUUACCAGAGCCCAAUGGAGCUUGCAAGGAAAGGAUGCUCUGCCACACCUACCAUAGGCAGGAGGGCCCGUGGAGACCCUGGCACUAAGAACAAGCGUGGACACUUGAAGUCUUGCCAGCACCCACCUCUGAACACUGUCUCCAGUGAGAACACUUCCUUAUGAUUCUGCUCAGGAAGUGCACCUCAUUUCCUCCUCUGCACUUAAGGACUCUUAAAAGGUCUUUAUGAACCAAAUACGUUAAUGACAGGAAAAAAAACUUUCUUCUAAGCACUCCCACCACCAGCUCAAAAAUCCAGACAGGGAAAGAAGAGAAGAUGUGGAAAAUAUAACAUAUUUUAAUUCAGAUCAAGUUUUAAGACAAACAAUUUUCACUGGGGACAACCAGCUGCACAACAUGUUGCCCAACAGGCAGAGCAGCUCCCUGACGGGGAGGCUCUCCUCUGCAGCUUCAUCUCCGAAUGUAACAGCAGAGCCAUUGGGAUGCAGCAGCAAUUUGACUGCUUGCUGCUGCUUGUCCUGCGCUGAUAGCAAACAGCCAAUACAGGCACUCUGAUGCAAAGAUGUCAGCUGUCAUCACAAAUAGUGAAGAAACGCUAGGAACAGUAUCGUAAAAAAAUUAGUGGGGGAUUUCACACACUUUAUCACUUUGGAUUUCAUUGCCUGACCAUAUUGUUUCACUACACCAUACAAAUAAAUUCUCCUGAUGUGAAGAGAUGGUGCCAGAAGUGCUGAAGCAACCAUUGCCACAUCCACUUUGGAAAUUCAGAAGGGAGAAUAUGGCCUUGGAGGUGAUGUAGAAAAUGCAGUAAGAAAAUAUUUGUUGGGUAUCAGCUCUCUUUUUCUUACAGUUAUGUUUCCUGUGCACGGAGUGGAAAGAACUGGGCUUCUAUUAACAUGAUUUGCACUUGAAAAACCAGCUCUUUCUUAGCUGUGUCCAUACCAAACAAAGUCAUUGGCAUGUGAAAAUAAAAAUAGGAAGUGUUUUAUAGCUAAUAAAAUCAGAAGCAAAUAAUGCAAUGCUAUUCGUCUGGGAAGGAGAGAAUCAAAGUGCUUUCUCUCUCCGAGGAUCAGAAGUAGGUUAAAACCUAUUUCUUCCAUCAUGUCUUUUGAAAGAGGUCUUCGUAAAUAAAUGUUAUAUUUUUUAUUAUGUUAGCACUGAAAAACCUCACUAAAGCUUAGGAAACUUAUUGCAAUGAACGCCUGUAUUUGUAAGGAAAGAUUUCUCCCAAAGAUCUCGGAAUGGAAACACACCAGACCAGGCAACAGGUGAGAGGGAAAAGCAGCAAGCUGUGACCCACAAGGAUGGAAGGAACACAGGUCAGCCCCUGCUCUGUGUCUGCACGGGGCUGUGCAUGAGGGGCUGUGGAAACAUCGGUGCCACGGUGCUGAGCUCCGGGUGGGAGCUGCAGGGAGAAGGCAUUGGGCAGCCCAGGAUGGGGUCUGCAUCUAUGGGACUUUGGAAGAUCGUGAGCUGAACAAUGGAAUGAUGUCUGGGGAAAUAGAGGUCACAAAGUAUAUCCUCCUGCCUUUUAGGGCACUUUUUGCUCACACAAAAGAAUAAAAUAAUAGAGGUCAAAUAUAGCCAUGCUUGACAGCAGGA